AUGUCUUUUAUCACAGAAGCUCUUUCGUUUGGAAUCUGCACGCACCCCCACUUCCGGUUCGACGCGGCUGUCUUCUCGUUGCAAUUGUCAGUUGUUCCUCAAAGUUGGUCGGCCGCCGUUUAGACAAACCGUCUUUUUUUUCAAAAACUUUUGAACAAUCUAUUCCUUCAUCUGCUCUACUUUCAGAGUAACUAACUUGAUUUUUGUAGUGGUCCACUUUUAACUAUAAAUGGAAAUCAUUAUUUUUUAAAGACCUUAAAAAAAAUUUUUUUAUCAGCAAUUCCUAUCUCCAAUGACUCCAAGAUUGAUGUAUUGUAUGUUUGAAAAUAUGAAACCAGCGCUUCUGCAGACUUUUUCCAAACAUUUCAAAAAAUGACAAAAAAACCAUUAAGAAGUUUCACAAGAAAAUGGAUAACUACAGCUCCAGUUUUAUCAAAUAACCACACCGAAAAGCUACGAAAUAGAAAGGUACAUUUUAAAGACUAGAAAUAAUCGAAUUUUCUAACUUCUGUACGAGAUAAGAAAACUGCAUAAUCGAACCUUGGAUUGCUUGAAUUCCGUAUCAAAAAAUUACUAUAAUCAAGAAUCAAGAAUCUGAUCAAGUUUAUCGAAAACAAUCAUUUGCAUGACAAUAUCAAUCUCCUAAACAAGCAAUUACUAGAAUUGUUUAAACCGAUUUCCUUAUGUCGACAAACAACUGAACUCAGACUCACCUUAUCGAAACGGAUGGUAUUUCAUAAAUUUUGAAUCUUAAAAUGUUGUUUCAUCUCUGACCAAAGAUCAAUGCUUGACUUUAUCCUCACAAUCUGACCGAAAAAAAACGUUAAAAAAAAACUUUAAAAAAAUUAAAAAACGUUUCCUGGUUGAAUCAAAAUCACAUAAGCUUUUAGUGAGAGAGAAAUCUCAAAAAACGGAUGGUAUUUCAUAAUUUUUGAAUCUUCCAUUCAAACUAUAACUAUAUUUUUGUGGAAAUAGUAAAAAAAGUGAGUAAGAAUUGAAACUUUUAUACUCGGGUGCAGAAGGCCUUCACACUGGUUCUCAUCGAUUUAUCGCUAUCUGGAGAGUUAACCAGAAGGAUCCGCCGCGAAACAGGCAGAAAGAGAAGAAGACGUCGCCGACGCAAUCAGUUUCGCUGGUCGGCCGGAAACGACAACGAGGCGACGUUCUUCGCGAAGCCAAACUUCACAGCGACCAACUCGUUCUGCACUUUGUCCAAACGACCUGGAACCCGCUGAGCGAAUGUGAGAAAUCGUCUCAACUGUUUAUUUUUGUUCGGCGAUCGGUCGUCAAUCUCAAUGGUCAUGGAUGCUUCACGUGUCCCUUCAAGCACAUGAUCCACUUCCGCCCAAUCUCGGCCCACCGACACCAUCUUCUGGUGUCUGAACGGCGCUCGUGUGGAUACAUGCGACUAGUUUUUACGCAUCGUUCAACUUUUUUUCUGUAGCCUUUUGAUCUUACUUAGCUAUAAACUGUGAUUCAAUAUAUGCUGCCUUCUCUAUGUUUCUUCUUUUUUCCGCUCAGAAAAACUGAAUCGAAAAUCUAUUCUUAUCUUUUCGUUUAUUUUCUUCCAACUACCUUUUUUUGUUUGUUCCACUCGGUUCCAAAAGUCUGAACGAUCGUAUCGAAAUUCCUCCGAUCAACUUCAACCAUAAUAUUUGAGGAAUGUUCUGCUGUGCAGGGCCACAGUCUCCUUCUUAUGCGGCGCACCACAAUGUACGAAUUUGUGUUUUACUUUGCCGCUUUCAUAAAAAAUUUUCCUAACUUUAAAAGUAAAAAAUGAUAUUGAUGUUCAUCAAUAUUUGAUUCAGGAUUUCACAAGAAACACUUUUGAAUGAUCUAUGAAAUUUAAUCAAUGGCGAUGGAAGUAAAAAAAAACCUUAAUUGCAGCAAUUCUUUGAAUCGAUCAACCCGAAGAGUGACUUUGAGAACGACGAAGCGCUAGAAACAUACCUGUACGAGAAAUCUCUGGAGAUUCAGCCGAAAGACACGGAAAAGCCACUUAACGACAUUGUGAGUCUUUUUUUUUUCAACGCCAAGACCGUUUUCUUUUCGAGACCAGGCGUCUAUAAUCUUUCUUAAAAUCUCUGCCACAUGUUUUUCGCUCUUGAAAUGGAAAGGUCGGAAAAGCACGCGAUGGGUAAAAAUUUAAGUCUUCAUGUCCUUCGAGUUCAAAGCUCUUCAGGAAAAGAUCUUAGUAAAAGAGCGAUUGGAAUUUCAGAGCUAAACUAGAAUUUCAGAGACCAAAACAUCCCUUGGCGGCACUCAAAUCGCCAGGAAUCAAGCCGCCGAAAUGUUCGAAUCACUACGGAGGCCACCAUGUACCUCACCACAGUCUCACUGCUCCGAACACUCCUUUGCCGGCCCAGGAAACCAAAAGGUCCCGAAAAGCGUCUCUUCUAGCAGUUCACAACUCAUCAAUAUUGCGACAAUUUUUAGCUUUCUGACCAAUAAUAUUUGUAGAAGUCACUCGCACACGUCCUCGGAGGAUCAUCCUUUUGCAUCAGGCGAGGCAUCACUCUCAAAACGUCAUGGCUACGAUUCGAAGCGCAAUCAAGGGCAAUUUAACAAAAUUGGUGAGUAUUACUCAAUCUAAUUUCACAACAGUGCCACUGGCAUUGCCAGAAUGAAAAUAGGAAAGAACGGCGGAGAAGUAGACAAUGGGAAAAUGGGAGGAAGUUUGACAAAAUAGAAAAUUCGUGUCAGUGUACACAGAGGCGACCGGUACGUGACCCGUCGAGAAUAUGAUUUCUCAUUUGACCGCUGCCUGAUUGGUCCAAAAGACACACAUGUGUUGCCUUUGAGAUUCGUAUGAAUUUUUCGUCGCACUUCCGCUGUCCAUAACUCUCCCUUAUUUUUCCAUGUGGCCGUCAGUCAGUCGAGUCUAUUUUUGGAAUUCGCAUCGAGAAACGAAGAAGGCAAAACACUCAGGCGUCUCGGUUGUUUCAGCACCUCUGCAGCCACCGCCCCCAGUUCAUCCUCGUUCCUCUCGUCAGCUGCCGCAGCCGCUUCCUCCUCCGACGACGAACGCCCCCACGGCGCCGUCGGCCAAGACUUCGCCUCACAUCAGCACUGCCAGCAGCAGCCCGACCACCACAACUUCGACUCCGUCUUCUGCCGUAGCACCGGCCCCCAAGCUUCAUCCUCGACGCGUUCCGCCAGCCAGCAUGUCUCCUCAUGCGCUCUCGCCUCAUGCGAAGUCUCCUUUGACGCCGUCUCAAAAUGGAGGUUCGAAAGUUUCUUUUUCUACCCACCUCAUCUUUUUUUUCCAGCUAAUUCUCCAUCGGCGUUCCCUUUUCCCACGGUUUAUGACUUGGCUUCGACGCCGCCUCAGCUUCCUCCGAAGUCACUGACUUCGUCUGUGGCGACGCCCUCCAGCUCUUCAUCCAAGGAAAACCAAGAACAACUGCGGGUCACAUUGGACAGGUCUUUUCAUCUUAUUCCGCUUCUCAUUAAUUCGUUUUUUUUUUCUGUCAUAUUGUUUUUUAACAAGUCAGGUAUAUGAGACGGAAAUCAAAGUUUUUGAAAACUUUCUUUACGUGAACGCUUAAUUGAAGAAAAUACAACAAAAUAUAAAGCAUCCGGAUCACUUCGGCUUUAUUUAGACCUGCUUUACGCCUAUUCCUAAUUUAAAGUCGUCAUUUCUGAAUUUUCCGAACCUUUUGGUUCUCAAGAAAUUUGAAUAAUGAGAAAAGUUUCCGCGUAACGCUCAUUUUGUUUGGAACAAUAUAACGUCUUUUCUCUCCUGUUUCUUGCUCAAGUGAAAGAAAAGGGCUUCCAGAGAACCUAGACUUUCGUAAAUGGCAUGUAAGGAUGUGGGUUAGCAGCCGAGAAAUCCCAAUAUCCUUCUUCUCUUUGAAGAUUUCAACGGUUCAUGCAAGGGAUAUUUGCAGAUCUUCCUCCGAAUCUCACUCACCGACCGUCUGCUUGUCCGUGCCGCUGCCUCCGGCGCUUCCGCCGCCACGAGGAUCCCACGUCAAUCAUCAGCCGCCACCUUUGCCGCCGAAGAAAGGGUUUGUCGUUGUUUCUACAUUUGUAUUGAACCAUCAUUUAAUUUGAGGAACUUGAGUCUUUCAAUGCCAUCAAAAAAAGAAAAAAAAUUUCCCAACUCUAUAUGUAGAAAGAAGUGGUCAUUGAUUUUUGCGAAGAGAAAACAAAAGAGAGAAGAACUUCCGGAAGUGAUAGACAUUAUCGAAUCGAUCGGCACUUGGAAGCGACAGAAACGAGUUCUCAGCGAGUCUGACCUUUCCCCUUUGCAGUCGAGCGACGCCUCCGACUUCCGCCGUCGAAACGACGUCUUCUGGCGCCACCGAAGUCUUGUCGCCGCCUCCCCUGCCGCCCAAGACUUUCCGUAGAGCCCAACAAGAAAAUCGUUGA